ACCAAAACUAGUUUCACUCACAUCAUUGAAUUCACGAUUCAGACAAGUACAGAGAACACCGAUCGAUAAUCACGAAGAAAUCAACAAACCACUGUUCAAAUAAGUGCUUUUUUUCAUAAGCGAUGGCAUUGCAGUGGAUGAUACUCACCUAUGUGGUGGCUAUUGAAGCUGCUGUAGCAAUUCUUCUAACCCUUCCUUCACCAAAGCUUUUGAGGAACCGUUUGACUUCUCUGAUUUCGCUUAUUCUUCAACCUGCUCUUUUCAUUGUUCCCUUUGCUGGGUUUCAGCUUCUAGAUAUAUAUUGGAAGGCUGAGCAUAGGUUGAUGUGUACCUCUGAUGUUUGUACUGCUGCUGAGAGAGAUCGCUACGAGAAAACUACAUACAAAGCUCAGAGAAACGUGAUACUGUGUAUUUCAGCAUGCCUUCUCUAUUGGUCCAUAUACCGCAUUUGCAAGUUCCAGAAGGAUAUUCAAAGCAUGGAGGAAGUUGAGAAGAGAAUCAAGUCUAAGUAGAAGCUUCUUUUUACAAUCUAUAUUGGCAUUGUUAGUGAAAGAGAGCUUUUGAGGGAUCUUUAGUUUGUACGGAUAUGCCACUGUGAUUUAUGAUGUACCAAACCUUGAACUAUGGCACACUCAUCAUCACUCAGCUCUGUAUUUUCAUGGUUUCAAUUUUUUAUUGUUGUGGUGUUUGGAUGCACUCUUUUGAAUUGUGUGUAGUGUAAUGAGUUGGCCUAUAUAUAGGUGAAAUAUUUUACAUUUUUACUUCUAUUUUAGUUCAUUUUUACUUC